AAAAGGAGUUCGAAAACCGGAAGCUUCUACUGCAUUCUAAAUUACGGGUUUCCUUCGUUAAGAAAGCAGAAAUUGAAGUUUCAUACAGCUUAUUGUGUGUGCACAGUUCAGUUUCGUUUAUGUUUCUGCUUUUAUUUCAUUAGUGGCGAUGGCAACUUCUAGAACCUCAUCAGCCGCGCGGCUAAGCAGGUCGGUGGCCUCAGCACUCAGGGCGCCGCGCACUGGCUCUCCAGCUCCCCCAAUCCCUGAACACUACGCUGCUGGCCAGUCUAUCCGCUCCGCCGCGGCUGCUUUUCUCGCCCCUCCUCGCCCGAUUGUGACUGCUAAUGAGUGUGGAUUCUUUGCCGUGAUCCCUAAUAAAUUGUCUACAUCAUGCCUCAGCCGCAUGGCGUCGGGCCCCGGCGUCGCCCGCUCUUACUCUGCCUCUGCUCCCAGCGGCCAGAUUAGUAACUCAGAGUUCACUGAGAUGGCAUGGGACGGGGUUGUAGGAGCUGUGGAUGCAGCAAGAGAUAGCAAACAUCAAGUGGUUGAAACCGAGCAUCUAAUGAAAGCCCUUCUGGAACAAAAGGAUGGGCUGGCAAGAAGAAUAUUCACCAAGGCUGGGGUUGACAACACAUCACUUCUGCAAAUUACCGAUAACUUCAUAUCUCAACAACCAAAGGUUUCAGGAGACACAAGUGGACCUAUUGUGGGCUCUCAUUUUAGUUCUCUGUUGGAGAAUGCACGGAAGUUUAAAAAAGAAAUGGGUGAUUCAUUUCUGUCUGUUGAGCAUCUAGUGUUAGCGUUUCCCUUGGAUAAGAGAUUUGGUCAACAACUGUUCAAAAAUCUUCAACUUAGUGAGAAGGCAUUGAAGGAUGCGGUUCAAGCUGUUCGCGGUAGUCAAAGAGUAACUGAUCAAAAUCCAGAAGGCAAAUAUGAGGCACUUGAGAAGUUUGGGAAUGACUUAACUGAACUUGCAAGACGUGGAAAACUUGACCCCGUUAUAGGACGGGAUGAUGAAAUACGGCGAUGUAUUCAAAUUUUAUCGCGCAGGACAAAGAACAACCCUGUUAUAAUUGGGGAACCUGGAGUUGGAAAAACUGCAAUUGCUGAAGGGUUAGCUCAAAGGAUUGUCCGUGGAGAUGUUCCAGAGCCUUUGCUGAAUCGAAAGUUGAUCUCGUUGGACAUGGGUUCUUUGCUUGCUGGUGCAAAGUAUCGAGGAGAUUUUGAGGAACGGUUAAAAGCUGUAUUGAAGGAAGUCACUGCUUCAAAUGGGCAGAUCAUAUUAUUUAUUGAUGAAAUUCACACAGUAGUUGGUGCAGGGGCUACUGGAGGUGCAAUGGAUGCUGGAAAUUUGUUGAAACCCAUGCUUGGGCGAGGGGAACUCAGAUGCAUUGGAGCCACCACACUGAAUGAAUACAGGAAGUAUAUUGAGAAGGACCCUGCUUUAGAACGUAGAUUUCAACAAGUAUUUUGUGGACAGCCAUCUGUAGAAGACACAAUUUCCAUUUUGCGUGGACUGCGUGAACGCUAUGAGCUUCACCAUGGGGUGAAAAUAUCAGACAACGCUCUGGUUUCAGCAGCAAUUCUUUCAGAUAGAUAUAUUACAGAGCGUUUUCUUCCUGACAAAGCGAUUGACCUUGUCGAUGAAGCUGCUGCAAAAUUGAAAAUGGAGAUCACAUCCAAGCCUACAGAGUUGGAUGAGAUAGACAGGGCAGUGCUUAAGUUAGAGAUGGAGAAGCUAUCUCUGAAAAAUGACACAGCCAAAGCCUCCAAAGAUCGGCUGGUCAAGCUGGAACAUGAUUUAGGAGCUCUCAAACAAAAGCAACAGGAGUUAAAUGAGCAGUGGGAAAAUGAGAAAAUUCUCAUGAACCGAGUUCGAUCAAUUAAAGAAGAGAUUGACAGAGUUAACCUGGAGAUGGAAGCUGCAGAGCGUGAGUACAACCUUAAUCGCGCUGCUGAACUCAAAUAUGGUACAUUAAUGUCACUCCAGCGCCAGCUUGAAGAAGCCGAGAAGAGCCUUGCCGAUUAUCGUAAAUCUGGAAAGUCAUUACUAAGGGAGGAAGUUACAGAUCUUGAUAUUGCUGAAAUAGUAAGCAGAUGGACAGGCAUACCACUAUCUAAUCUCCAGCAAACUGAAAGAGAGAAGCUUGUCUUGUUAGAGCAGGUCCUCCACAGAAGGGUUGUUGGUCAGGACAUGGCCGUCAAGUCUGUAGCUGAUGCAAUACGACGUUCAAGGGCAGGCCUUUCUGACCCAAAUCGGCCUAUUGCAAGCUUCAUGUUCAUGGGGCCUACAGGUGUUGGUAAAACUGAGCUCGCUAAAGCUCUUGCCGGGUACCUUUUCAACACUGAAAAUGCACUUGUACGCAUUGAUAUGAGUGAGUACAUGGAAAAGCAUGCAGUUUCACGAUUGGUUGGAGCACCACCGGGCUAUAUUGGAUAUGAAGAGGGUGGACAGCUAACAGAAGUAGUCCGCCGAAGGCCGUACUCGGUUGUUUUGUUUGAUGAAAUUGAGAAGGCGCAUCAUGAUGUAUUCAACAUCCUUUUGCAGCUGUUGGAUGAUGGAAGAAUUACUGACUCUCAAGGACGGACAGUCAGUUUCACCAAUACUGUUCUGAUUAUGACAUCAAACAUUGGAUCUCAUUAUAUCCUUGAAACUCUGAGAAAUACACAAGAUAGCAAGGAUGCUGUUUAUGAUGUAAUGAAAAGGCAGGUAGUUGAGAUAGCAAGACAAACUUUCCGACCAGAGUUCAUGAAUAGGAUCGAUGAAUACAUUGUUUUCCAGCCCCUGGACUCCAAACAAAUCCGUAAAAUUGUUGAAAUCCAGCUGAAUCGUGUUAAAGACAGACUUAAACAGAAGAAUAUUAACAUCUGCUACACAGAGGAAGCUAUUAAACUCCUGGCAGCAUUAGGCUUUGACCCAAACUUUGGAGCAAGGCCUGUGAAGCGGGUCAUACAGCAGAUGGUUGAGAAUGAGAUUGCAAUGGGCAUCUUAAGAGGAGAUAUUAAGGAUGAAGAUACUAUAAUCCUUGAUCACAUCCCAAAUGCUGGAGAUGUCCCAUCCCAAAAUAGAUUGUGCAUUAGGAAAAUGGAAAACUCAGCCAUGGAUGCCAUGGCUGCAAAUGACUAAUGUUUGUUUUGGAAUGUAGUUUAUAAAUAUUGAUCGUGCAAACCACUUUUAUGAAGUUACGCUUGUUGCAGCUCCAUAUCUAGUUGCUUCAUCUCAUUGAAAUUA